AUGAAGGGGGCUCUGAGUGUAUCUGAGGUCAAAGCAGCUGUGAAAGAGGCCAUUCAACUGCAAAAGGACUUCCCAGAUGUUGUUGCAGGAUUUGACAUGGUUGGCAGGGAGGACAGCGGGAGGACCCUUUGGUACUUCAGGGAGGCUCUUUCUCUGCCAGCUGAACUGGGUGUCACGCUGCCAUAUUUCUUUCACGCGGGGGAAACAGAUGACGAAGGCACCGACGUGGAUCAGAACAUUCUUGACGCCCUUCUGUUCAACACCACGCGCAUCGGCCACGGCUUCGCUUUGGCACACCAUCCGCUCGCCAAAGAGCUUUCUAGGAAAAGAAAUGUGGCUGUGGAGCUGUGUCCCAUCUCAAACCAGGUGCUGAGGCUGGUGUCGGACCUCCGGAACCACCCUGCAGCUGUACUGAUGUCUGAGGGUCACCCGAUGGUGAUCAGCUCUGACGACCCGUCUCUGUUCGGCACCACGGGCCUCUCCUACGACUUCUAUCAGGCCUUUGUUGGCAUCGGAGGAUUAAAAGCAAACCUGGGAACUCUGAAAGAGCUGGCUCUUAACUCCAUCAGGUGA